CGGGGAUCCCCGCCGGGGUGGCGGGGGGGGGGGGCGGCCUCUGCGCGGCGCUGACGUCGCCGAGGGGCCGGGGCGAGGAGGCUGCGGCUCGGGCCGGCAAGAUGGCGGCAGCGGCGGGUGACGGUUGCAGAUGGAAAUGUCACGGGCAGAAAAUAGUUUGGAUGAUGUAUUUUGCUAGCGUAUCUUUGCAGUUUCAGUUUUAACAAUGGAUAAGUGUAAGCACAUAGGACGCCUGCGACUGGCCCAAGAUCACUCCAUUCUGAAUCCACAGAAAUGGCAUUGCAUGGACUGCAAUACUACCGAGUCUGUGUGGGCAUGCCUCAGCUGCUCGCACGUGGCGUGUGGGAGAUACAUUGAAGAACAUGCACUAAAGCACUUUCAGGAGAACGGUCACCCGGUGGCAUUGGAAGUAAAUGAGCUGUAUGUUUUCUGUUAUCUCUGUGAUGAUUAUGUUCUUAAUGAUAAUGCAACUGGUGAUAUAAAACUGUUGCGAAGUACAUUAAGUGCAAUCAAGAGUCAAAAGUAUGAGUGCACUACUCGUAGUGGGAGGACUUUGCGUUCUAUGGGUGCGAGCGAUGAUUCUUACCUUUCACACGAUGGUGCCCAGGCCUUGCUUCGGAAUCAAGACCGCAUGUUCACAGCACUGUGGCACAGAAGGCGUGCGUUCAUGGGCAAAAUAUUUAGGUCGUGGUUCCAGCUGACGCCUAGCGGAAAAAAGAUUUUGGAAGAAGAAAAGCGUUUGGAAGAAGAGGAGGAAAGAAGGAACAAAGCUAGAAAGAGAAGACAGGAACGGAAGCGCCAGUUGAAGGAAGAGAUGGAAAAGAUGCCUCCAAGAAAGAGUUGCCGUUUACAAAACCAGAUGAGAAUGUCCUCACAAACAGCAUCCAGCGUGCGAAGGACAUCACAGAACAUGGAAUCCAUGUCAGAGUUGAAAGAAACGUAUACCUCAGAUGAAGUAAGAUUGAAAAAAAUAGGCGACUCUCCAAUUAAACGAAGGCCCACCGUGACUCCAGGGGUAACGGGACUGAGGAACCUGGGAAACACGUGCUAUAUGAAUUCUAUCCUGCAGGUAUUAAGUCACUUACUUAUUUUUCGAGAAUGCUUUUUAAAGCUUGAUCUCAACCAAACUCAGGAACUGCUGGCAACAGCAGCCAGUGGUAAAACCAGGUCUUCAUCUAGACGCUCGUCAAUAACCGCUUCAACGUUACAAGUGAAUGAGAACCAAGAGAAAGGAAGGGGAUCAUCUUCUGUGAGACGAUCUAACUUAUCCUCUGGAUUAAGUGGAGGAGCAUCAAAAAGUAGAAAUAUGGAACUCAUUCAGCCCAGGGAGCCCAGUUCAAAGCAUAUUUCUCUUUGUCACGAGCUGCAUACUCUGUUUCAAGUGAUGUGGUCUGGCAAAUGGGCACUGGUGUCUCCUUUUGCCAUGCUUCAUUCUGUCUGGAGACUAAUUCCAGCCUUCAGAGGGUAUGCCCAACAAGAUGCUCAGGAAUUCCUUUGUGAACUUUUGGAUAAAGUGCAGCAGGAACUGGAGACUACGGGGACCAGAUACCCAGCUCUCAUCCCUGCUUCUCAAAGAAAACUUAUAAAACAGGUUUUGAAUGUGGUUAACAACAUUUUUCAUGGACAGCUGUUAAGUCAGAUGGCCAAUAUCUGUGUGCAAAAUACAGCCUUGAUGAACUUCAAAGUGCCUAGAAUGAGCAGAACAAGAAAAAGUGCACUGAGGCUGUUAACUGCAGUAAUUUCUCCCCGGCUCCUGAGGCAGUUUCCACAGUUGUACUCUUGUGGAAGAAGGGAGACCCAUUCUCUCCUGUCCUUGAUCCUUCAAUGGGAAAGGCGAAGGAGAAUGCACCGGGAAGUUUUGUGCCGAUCUGAACUGACCCACAGGCCCUUGAAGGACACUUCAGGAACCAAAGUAGGUUACCCGCUGUCCCUGAGGUUCUUUUGGUUUAGCUUUUGAAAUGCUCCCAGCUAAUUAGCACGGUAUGCAACAAUUUCUAAAGUAUCUUUAUUUCAGGUGGUUUUUUUCCUCAGUGUUAAGCAGGGAAUUGUGGGCAGGUAUAUCUUUGGAAAGCCGGGAGUUGCAACAGCGGAUUUUUACUUUCCAAGCGAAUGUGUAUUUUCAGCACCGCGUUUGGAAAAUCGUGUCCCACACGUCUACAGAAAUGAUGUUAGCAGAAACUGAUGGCGUGUAGAGCAGCAAAUUCGCAUCUUGCACUAGGAAAUGGCUGAGACAGAAUCUGGGCUACAUGCCUCCCCCAGCUAAGCGCUGCCGAAGACUCAAGUGCUCGGAGAAAUGAAUAUGCAGGAGAUCCGAGGAGCGAUUCGGUUCUAACAGAUGUAAAUUAAGUUUAAAGUUUUAAAAGGCGACACCUCUUUAUGCAGUUCUUACUCCAUUUACUUGCUUAACUGAUGUGCUUCAGGGCAGAUUGGCUGAGAAUAGGGGAAAUGAGCAAUCUUUGGCUUGUUUGAAGCCCUUCAGCUUUGGGUGCUGCGCUCUGAGUGUAAGUGUGGGGGAGAAUGUGGUGGUGACAGCCAUGCAGUGCUGGCUGCAAAGUCUCACACCGAAUAAACUGCUAAAAGCUGUGAGAAUUCCAGUAGAUGACAGGAGUGUUUAAACUUACACCAAUGUGCAACCUGUGUGCUGGUUUCUGCAUUCUGGUUUCUAGAAUGUGCUGGUUUAUAUAUAUAUAUGUGGCCGCUGGGCUUUUCUGUGUUGCCUGAACCACAGUGUGGUUGUCCAGUUGCUUUGCGCCCAGGUGGUAACAUUUUAAGUCGAUCUGUAGGAGGCCAUUGAAUCACAUGGUUUGCUGUGGUUUUGCUUGUGUUGUUGUGUUAAAUAGGUAGGGAUUGUUUUGACGAUGGCCUACACUCAUCACUACAAAUUCCAGUUAUGCUUGUAACUGAAGAAAUAGAGUACGGGCUGUCCUGUUGGAAUGCCAAAUUGUAGGGGCGUCCUAGAAAUCAAAUCCCCUUUGAUUACUUUACUGUGGAAAAAUUCAAGUGCAAUUUUUAAAUAUGUAGCUGCUUACAGAGGGAAAACUUCCGUAGCAGUGAAGGCACAAAAAUGGCUGGCUAGCUUACUGUUCUUAGAACAGAGGUGGUAGCAGUUGUCUUUCUUCCAUGGAAGUGUAGGGAACAGAAGCAAAACAGAGCUGACGCUGGAGCUGCCUUCUUCUGCAGCAAUAUGUUAACUAUUUUCUUUGGUUGCAUUUAGGCUGAAUGCCAUCUGGGGCAGUGGCUGUCCAUCAAAUUAUUGCGGGCUCAGUGAUGCUUGUCUGAGCAGCCUCCGUUCUUAGCUCGAGUCAAGCAAUCUGACCCAGCUCCUUUCAGUCUGGCCUUUGGCCCACGAUUGAAUGCUGAGCUUUAACCAAACAAUUGUAUAUAGCACUCGUAUUUCAAGGCAUGAGAGCACGGCCAGGCAGAGCACAAAGUAGGGAUUUCAGCUAGCUAAAAACAGUAGUUCACUUUCUUUGCUCUAAUGUAAACUUCUCCCGCAGAUUUGUUAUAAUGACAGCAUUAAGACUUCCUAAAAUAGCAAUAGCAGAAUGUAACAGAGAGAGGUGAAAUUAAACUCUGUUUUUCAAAAACAGCUGUAAAAAGGUACACGUCACUAAUCAGAUUGCUCAGCCUAAUUCACUCCCUUGUUUCUGUUGUUCAUGGUCAUACCAAAAAGAAAGGGUUGGAGAGAUACAGAAAUCAGGGCUGAGCCGUGUGGAUACUGGAGGAGCGUGAGGGGUCCCUCUGAGAACGGGAAAGAUGGAAUCAUCGUGGUGAGCCCCAGCGCAGAUGGGUUCUAGCUGAGGGAAAGGUCCCCCUGCUUCUUGCUGACCCAGCUAGGGAGCUCAGGCCUGGCACGGGGAAAUAGGUUUGAUCUUUGUUCCAGCCCCUAUUUAUGUCUCCUUUAGCACUCUGUGGGUGCGCACAGGAGCAGCUAUUGCACAAUGGCGGUAGGGUUGGGUGGAUGCUUAUUCAUAUAGCCAGGGUACUUGGCUGCUGUGAAUUUGCCAGCAGCCCAGGUGAUUCUUUUAACAGUUUACCUCCUCUCGCCUUUGGUGCAGCUGUGCAUCAGUGCAUGGGUCUGCUGGCACAGCUCUGCUUACCUCACAGUUGCACAAGGAAAUGAAAAACAAUGCUGUCGCAUCAGUUUCACUUUUUUUCUGACGGACAAAAGCUGGAAGCUGAGCCAAUUACAUGUCUGUUUUCCUUUGGGAUAGCAUUUAUUAACUAGUUGAGAAAGAGGAUCUUAAAAUGACCUAGGUUACUAACAUGGCAAGCUAGAUUUAAAACCUCAGGACUCGCUAAAAUUACCUCUUCUGCUUUCGUGUGCGUACUUCAUCCCAAGCCCGUUCAUCUUCAGUGGGCAUUCAAGUUCAGCAAAUUCUCGCUUAAGUAACUCAUCAAUUCAGUAAACUUUUGGCCCACCAAAACCACCCGUUUGUACAGCAGAAAUCUAUUAGUCAUUCUGUGUUUACGCUGGAGCUGGCUUGAACUGCGGCCAAACGUAUCGUUUUGUCUCCAAGUCUAGAUUCCAGCUCUGCAUUACUAAUAGUUUGUGGCUUUGAAACAUUGCCAGAUGUUCGCACUUAAAAAAGAAGCUCCUGUCAGUGUAAAUUAAAACAAAAGAGUCUCUUUUUUGCUGUGUAAAUUCAAAAUUUUGUUUUCUAAGAACAAGGCUGAGGCGUUUUCUUCUUAGAAUGUAAAGCAACCAGCAGCUCUCUUGACUCUGCUCCUGAACACGUGUGCCUGUACACAAAGAUCCGUGUGCAUUAGGCAGCUAAUGCAUAGGUUGGGUAUAAGCUGCUGUGGCUGGUAAAUGCAUUAAAUAAUUGCUCACAAGAAUAACACUUAGAAGGGGACAUAAGGGGACAAAUAUCCCUUUAUGUAAAUAGUCCAAAAGUAACAAAAGCAGGGUGAAUAACUAAGUAACAGCAAACUUUCAAAGGAAAAUAAAAGGGCUCCUGAAAGAAACAGUGCAUUUUCACUCUCAUCGUGGCCUACUAACCUACUGAAGGGAGCUACCCUGAAUAUAUGUCAGUCAGCAACACCAAGGCUUGCCUGUGUGACAGCAAUGCUUGGAUCCAUUGUGGAUCUCCAUUCCAUUAUUGCUAUGUCUUUGGAUUACUUGUUCCAAGCAACUCAUGCUGUUUCCUUAAAAAGGAAGCAAACUUAUAGAGAUUUUAUGUGGCAGUUAUUUACCCUUGUGGUUGAAAACUUGCAUAUUCCACUUACUAUAAAACAAAUGUUUUUUUUCUCAUCACCCCCAGCUGUUAUUCUCUGCUGAUAGGUAGGAGUUACCUUGGAAGUAGGUCUGACUUGAAAAUUUUGAGUUCCUGUAAUCUUUUUCCAUGGGAAAGUUUAGUAUUAAAGAAAUAAAUACAUUCUUAACAGUAGAAAACUCAGAUAGUUACUCUUUAGGAUUGUAUCAUACUUCCACUGUUCCAUUGAACAAAUAAAGGGGAACAUCUUUAGUCUCACAUAAACUUCAGAUUUAUUGAUGUUUCUUUAUGGAGCUAUAUGAGCUAUUCUUGCUGUAGUGUAAGCGGGGUUACACUACUGUGUAGGUUCAGCUACUCGGGGAAAUUAUUCCCCCACAUGGAUUUUAGGAGGAUGGAGAUCACUGGGAGGAAGAAUGAAAUGCUGUGACGCUGUUCUGUUAGCAGCUCGACCUGGCCUUUAGAAGAUUGCAUUACAAACAAAGAUGUAAUAUUUUGCCAAUCUGGCAUAGCAGAGCUACUGCUUUUAACUUACUUUCCUAAAUAUUGACUGUUAUCCUGGGUUAAUUGCCUCCAGCUGUCUUAUCUGGAUUUUUGAGGUUGACUUGCGAGAAUUCUCCUCUUGGCAUUUUGUUUGCCUUGCCUUACUGCUUGUCCCUUCCCUAGUGUGACAAUACAUCCACUUACUGAAAGAAGAAAUACAUUAUUUUUACCUUUUAAGUUUUCUUUGAAGGAGUGUUCCGGAGUAUUUAUUUUUAGAGAGAAGACUCCAGCGAUUCCGCUGUCUGCUUUCUCUUGGAAAGUGCCAUGCAGAUCAUUUUGACGCUUAUUUUGUUUCUCAGUAAAACAUAGAAGCACUUAGCCAUUUGUGGUAGCAGCAUUGGACACUGCUUCAGAGAAAAGAGAUUAGCUGUAUCAUUACUUUUCUUAAAUGACUACGCCUUCUGUUUUGGUUCCAUUGGUUAUCCUUAGGAAAAUAAUAUAAAUACACAUAUAUAUUUGGAGCUGUACUGUUAUGGAAAGCUUUUAGCAAAGUAAGCUUUUGAGUGUAACC